AUGGCAACCUGCACUGGGAAAUGGGACGGUCCUACAGGUCUAUCAGACACCGUCUGCGACAACAUAUUGGCUUUUGACACGGUCGGAGAGACAUUCCGGUGGAUGCAGCGCCCCGCAGCGCUAGGUCCUUCGGCGUGGAUGCUAGAGAUGGACGGCGCACUAACUUUGUCCAGCACUGUUGAAGAUUUGGCCUUUAUACAUGCUUGGGUGAUGCAGGACUACGAGGCUGAGGUCUGGGACUGGGCGUUCAAGUUUCGAAUUAACUUGUCGGAGAUGGCGGCAUCCUUACCAGUCCAUUCGUCGCUACACCUGCCCAGUUCAUCAUCAAGUGGAUACUACUGCCCCAAGGUGGCGGCGGUCAACGAUCGUGACCUACUGAUCAAGCUUCCUGGGGAUGGAUGUCUGUUGCAUUAUGACAUCGAUGGCAAGUUCUUACGAACUAUGCAAAGUAAAGAUGUCGAUUACUUGGGGUUCACUCCCAGUUUGGAAUUUCUGUUCCAUCACCAGCAGGCUGCAGUAAUGUACUCGCUGAGGGAUUUAUUGGGUUUCGUUGUGGGAGCAGCGAUCACGGCCGCCUUUGUCGUGCUGCUGGUGCCGUCGUCUGCUCCCAACUGCACGUGCAGCCCCGAGCUGGCCUUGGACAACAAUGGAAGCCAAACACAUCUCAUGAGCAGAAAAAACCUCAGCAUGGUUCCGGCCGUGAAGAGUAAAGAAGAAGACAGCCUUCUUGUGGAGCUUCUGAGAAGCGCGGCCAUGGAGGACAAGACGGUCAUACUGACCUUCGUCAACGAGGCGCUGACGCUGCCGGGGUCGCUCCUGGAGCUCUUCCUGGAGAGCUUCAGGCUGGGCGUUCGGACGCAGCCCCUGCUGAAGCACCUGGUGAUCGUGGCCAUGGACGCCAAGGCGCUGGAGCGGUGCCAGCACAUGCACCCGCUCUGCUACCCGCUGGGCAGCGGUGGCCGCAGCAGCGACGGCGAGCCUGGAGGAACGGCGGCGGGGGAGGUGACGUUCAUGAGCAAGGACUACGUGGAGCUGAUGUGGGCGCGGAACCGGUUCCAGGCGCGGGUGCUGGGGCUGGGCUUCGGCUUUGUGUUCACAGACGUGGACAUCGUGUGGUUCCGGAACCCGCUGCUGCGCUUCCCCGUCGCCGCCGACAUCGCCUUGGCGUGCGACCAGUUCUUGGGCAACAAUCCCUAUGACCUCGACAAGGCGGCCAACGGCGGCUUCGUGUACGCGAGGCCCAACGCGCGGACGCUGGCCUUCUUCCAGGACUGGUACCAGGCGAGGAACCGGUACCCCGGGGAGCAUGACCAGUUCGUGUUCGGCGAGGUGAAGAAGGAGCUGUCGGCGCGGCACGGGGUGACGCUGAUGCUGAUCGACACCGUCUACUUCAGCGGCGUGUGCGAGAACAAGAAGAAUUUUUACGAGGUGUGCACGUACCACGCCAACUGCGUCAUCGGUCUGCAGAAGAAGAUCGACACGCUCGCCGGCGUGCUCGACGAGUGGAAGCAGUUCAGGGCCCAGCAGGAGCUGCUCGGCAACAGCACCACCACGCUCAUCUACUGAGUCGCUGUCCGUGGGCUGUGGCUCGUGUUUGUUCGAGAUUUUAGCUAGACAAGUUUUUAUUUUGGAUAACAGGAGUAAUCAGUUGUUUUACUGGAUGAAAUUGGUCGGACUUGUGCAAUGGAUCGAUGAAAAGGAUUGAAUUGUUUUGGUACUGUU